CUUACCCACCCCUGUUAUAUUCUGUCAACAAUAUCAACAACGUCACGAUCGAGAAGAAAAAUAUAAAUAACGCUUCCAACAAACGGUGUCUGCCGGCUGUACAUUCUUAUAGCUUGUAUUUCAAGACGAAUUAAUAUUUAAAACAAUGUUUUAUCAUAUAUCUUUGGAACACGAAAUUCUACUGCAUCCGCGGUACUUUGGACCCCAGCUUAUCGAAACAGUAAAACAAAAACUGUACACAGAAGUUGAAGGAACUUGUACCGGAAAGUACGGCUUCGUCAUAGCGGUGACUACAAUCGACGACAUUGGCUCCGGUGUCAUUCUACCAGGCCAAGGCUUUGUGGUUUAUCCCGUCAAGUAUAAGGCAAUCGUGUUCCGUCCCUUCAAGGGGGAAGUUUUGGACGCCGUUGUAACCCAGGUCAACAAAGUCGGAAUGUUUGCCGAAAUCGGACCCCUUUCGUGUUUUAUCUCCCAUCACUCUAUUCCGGCGGAUAUGCAAUUUUGUCCGAAUGGUAACCCGCCCUGUUACAAAUCGAAGGAAGAGGAUGUUGUUAUUGCGCUGGAAGAUAAAAUUCGACUGAAAAUCGUCGGCACGCGGGUGGACGCCACAGGCAUUUUUGCUAUUGGAACAUUGAUGGACGACUAUUUGGGACUGGCAUGCAGUUAAUCAUUUCCACUACCCUCUAUUUUAUUGAAUAACAUAAUAUACUUCAUAAAAUCA